AUGCGAGAUGUUAGCGAGAUGUGGAGAUGUUGCUUCUGUGACAAGGCCUUCUCACGAAAGUGGCUUCUUCGUGGUCACGAGCGCACGCACACCGGCGAGAAGCCCUUCGUCUGUUCCACCUGUCAACGUGCCUUCGUCGAUCAGUCCAACUUGCACGCGCAUAUGCAGACACACAUGGAGGUGAAACGCUUUCAAUGUCCUUACUGUUCCGCCUCAUUCAGUCGGCGCAACCUACUCAUGCGACACUCCACACCUCUCCUAACUGCCGCCGCAUAUCAUGCUCUUACCACCACCAUCAUCACCUCUUCCAACACGGCAUGCGACGUCGGCACCGUUGACCCAACCCAAUUCAACUGA